AUGUAUACUGUAGGUCCAGAUCCAUCACUUGAAAAAGAUCAAACAAUAGCGUUGUGCUCCAUAGAGGUUCAUAUUCGUUCGACGAAUUCAAUAUGCCAAAUGACAACUGUUCCUACUGCGACGAUUGGAGACUUCAUCAGUAGUAUAUGCCAGAAAGUGAGUAUUGAUGCAUCUCCCGACCGCUAUUAUCUGACUUUUCGCGAACACGAAUUGAAUAUCAACAAUACUGUUCAAGAAUCAGGCUUGGUUCAUGCAGCAGAUCCUGGUUAUGACAGUUUGGUCGAACUUCGAUUGAGAUAUGUUCAUCAACUUGAAGAAUCCGUACAUCUCGCCAAACAUAUCAUCCUUGUGUCACCCGAAGUACUCGAUUAUUCUGCAAUUCUGAAGAUAUCACUAUCUUCAUCAAAAGGACGAAUCUGGUCUGAUAUGUUGAAGCCUUUAGCGGAACAAAUAUAUAAUUAUAAGUCUAAAUCGUCACAGUUCGGACCAAUACUAAUUCCCGUGCCUGUCUUUACCAAGCGAGCGAUCGAUGAACUACCUGGAAUAUAUAUUACUGUUCCAUUGAACCCCAAUGAAUUUGACUGGAAUGAAUUCAUGAAAGCCGUAGCUGUUGAUCUUGAAAUCGAGUGGAGUGAUAUCAUUAUAGUGGAUGUUAAAGAGGGAAGUACCAUCUUUGAAAUUAAACUGAAAGCAGCAAUUUCAUGCUGCAAGCAAAAAUUUUUAAAAGUUGUUGAAAAACUAGCUAUACUCUAUCUUCCAACAAGUAAUACUGCUGAAUUUAUUGCGAAACAUAAUCCAUCACAAGAUAUCAAAGAAGUGCCCACAAUAGAAGCUAGAAUAACUGGUUUCGAUGAAAGUAAAGAUCUUACUGCGUCCGAAAUCUCACUGAUGAUCGAUGACAUCGAUACACUUCUUACAUUUAUCCAGCGACCAUCAACAAUCGGCUUGCCCAUUUGGGAAUAUUUAACUGAGAAGAGCCGCCAACUUGCUACGUGCAUUCUACCUGCUUUUCAAAGAUCAUCAUAUGAAUAUGUCAUCGAAAAUUUAUCACUUAUUUAUAACGACGACUUGGGUCAUCUAUAUCAUAAAUCGGCUGUCCAUGGUGAAGAGAAGAUUCUUUUUCAUGGAACAAAGAGAGAAAAUUUUGACGGUAUAUUCAACAACAAUUUUAAAUUUUUCGGAACAACAGAUGAAGGCUGGUAUGGUCGAGGUAUCUAUUUUAGCAGUUCUCCUGAAUACUGUGCCACUUACGCAGAGUGGGAUCGUAAAUCCAUCCUUUAUUUGAUAUGCAGUUCUGUCAAACUCGGCAGAAUGUAUCCUAUCAAAGAUAAUGCAUACUCUGGGAGAGACAUGCACGUCGACUAUGAUAGUCACUAUGUAAAAGUGGACAAAGAUGGAGAUCCAACUUGCGUAGAACAUAAUUUUUUUGAAGAAUUCGUUAUAAAACAAAGCGAUCAAAUUCUACCACUUUUUAUUGUUGGCUUACGACUUGCGUAUCGCUUUGUUGUUUGGCGUGAUCCUAAAAUUACUGAUAACCAUAAUGGUGCUGUGUUUGCUAAGAUGAAAGAAAAAUAUGGUUUCAACAUUUAUGGAAGUGAGACAUCGGCUGAAGCGCUUAGUAUUCUCAAGUGUAAGCUGGAAGAUCCGAAAAUGCAAUGCGUGAUUGUGACGAACGGAGCCGAUGAAGGCGAACAAUUCGCGCAUCAGUGUCGAGCUAUUCGAACAUCAUUGCCCAUUAUUGUUUAUUGUAUGAAAGUUAACCGUCAUAAAGAAUGGGCAAAAAAAGUCAACGGCAUUCCUAAAAUUUCAGUAACCAACAACUCAACCGAUGUCUUUGACUUUAUUAGUUCUUCGUUUUUAUAA